UUCAACUUUCAACUCUUCCCUCUCAGCCAAUCAGCGAACGACGUUUGACACGUAACGUACGUACGUCCACUGCUAUUGCUUACGUAACGUACGUUCCAGAGAGAGCAGGAAGUGUGAUGUGGCGUUGACUCUGAAACAAAAAUGUCGGCUAUUUUCAACUUCCAGUCGCUGCUAACAGUGAUUCUCCUCCUGAUCUGCACCUGUGCCUACAUCAGAGCGAUGGCUCCCAGCUUGUUAGACAAGAACAAGACUGGGUUGCUAGGAAUUUUCUGGAAGUGUGCCAGAAUAGGUGAGCGGAAGAGCCCCUGGGUGGCCUGCUGCUGUGUCAUCAUGGCUUUCAGUAUACUGUUCCUGCAGUAGCAGCUCAAAGAAAACCACCAACCAAGUGGGAGACAAUGGGGGGGGGGAAAGAACAGAUGACAAUGUAUGAACAAUACGAUCCUGGAAGCACAGCAGGACCUUCUUGGGUUAUCGUGUAGAUCGUGUAAAAAAAGAAAAAAACAGACUCGUCAGCACUCGCCAUAGACAUGGAGGGAGAACACGCAUCUUUGCAGGUGGAGGGGGUGAGGCUAUAUCUUCACACACUUCCACAUCUCUCCUUGUGUUUGCUUAUGUGGACCAUUUAACUCCAGAUGUUAUGCACGAUCAUAUGAUCCGUCAUUUUGUCCAGACAUUUCAAACACUGUCACCUUUGCAAACGUUUUGUUGUUUAUAAUAAAAAUUUCUCCCUUCAUUCAUCACUGUUAAGCAGUUCACAUGGAGACGUUUGUUUGUUUGUUGGGGAUCACAGUCCAACGCAAACAAAAUGGUAUGAUAGGUUCUCAGGUGUCAUAUCUGUAACGGAGAGCUACCAAUGUUUUUCAAUCAGUUUGUCACUAUUUAUUAAAGAUUCAUUUAUUAAAGAAAUCUGGUUUGAGGAGGCUGAUAUUUUUGUUUUUGAUUAGUGACAUCUGAUUGUGAUAAUUCCUCACUCAAGUCUGACGAAUGACAAACAUGCAAAAGCUAAACAACAAUAAUAACUUUGUAACAUUGCCAACCGCAGCUCUGUAUCACGUGAAGUGUGGCUGUCAGGAUUCAGCUCGAAGAGAGAGUGAAGGGAGAGUGAAGAGUUUGUGAUAACCUCACGUCCAACCUUGCAGUCAACACUCAUCUUCAUAGGGCUCAUUUGAUUGUACCGCACACAUCACGACAUGGCCAGAUAAUUGACAAGUAUUUACUUCCAGAUAUUUGAGACUAAACUGGACGUGUUUUGGAAAUGUAUGACCCUGCGUUAUUGCUGAUUUAGAUGACCGAUACUUUAUUUUACCUUGUGGACAACUUUGGCCUCAACACCUAAAGUGUGUAGUUGGUCAGUUUAGAUGCUCCCAUGGAACUGAAAAAAUUUGAAUUGUGAUUUAGUUUAACAGUGAAGGUUCCCACAGGUCCUUGAAAUUUGUUAUAGUUUGAUAUUUAGGCAAAAGUCUGCCUUGUUUGUUACGACUCCACCUACUGUUUCACGCCCUGCGUUGCUUGUUGUAAGUAGACUAGUCCUAUGCAGACCAAGCGUCAAGUCAUAAUUGUGUUGUGGCGUGAGAUUCCAUGCAGAACAAUGAGCGAGUAAAGUUAAACAAGAGAGGAACUGACGACGUGAUGCCUGGGAAAUGACAAUUCCAAGUUCUCUGUCUCACCAAAAACAAAUUGCAAAGACUACCUUUGACCAAGGUUCCAAGGACAAUCACUGGUCCAGACUCAGAGCGUGCAGCAAAUCAAUAAAAGUGGUGUCCCAUCAAGUUUGUCCUCCCCAUCUUAAGCUGUGUCGGGACAUCCCGUCCUUGAAUUUGAGGGAAUUCGGACCCGGAAAGUCCUUGAAUUUGAUGUCAACGCAGGUGUGGGAACCCUGAAAAACUAAUAGAUGUUUCAUUGUCAUUGUGGCAAAUCUGUGAGUUACGUCUGAUAAAGACCCACCCACACACAUUCCUUCCCUUGUGUGUGGCAAAUAAAGAAGGACACUUGUUGACACGCACACGUUUGAUACUCCGAUCGCUGACAAGUGUCCAAAUCCCAACACUCCCACACACAGCCCCAUGUUAGGGAAUGUGGAUCCAUCCCAUACUUGUGCGCAUCCGUUUUGGCACUCCCCAUCUGAGAUAAAGUAUCAAGUGAAGCCUGCCGGUAAACUUGCUGUUAUCGGGCAGUGACGCAGAUACAGAUAGAGACACACGAGGAGCAGGAAGCUCUCAGUCCUCCGCGUCUAUCUCGAGGACCAGAGAUAAAGGGUCGGCUGCAGGGACUCCACUGCGCCGGCGAGGCAAGCCAAUGUCUUUAGGUGUUGAUGAAAGGAGAAUGCUGGAGUAGAAGACCUGGAGUCACUUAGCUUGAGCAGAUGAAAGCAGCUUCUAUCAGUGGUCCAAGUACACGCAGAGACAGGGAUUGUCCUGAUUAUUCACACAAAAAGUAACAGAAUCCCGAGCUAAACUUAGGGGUCAUUUAGGGACGAAACUCCGCGAAGUAUUUAUUUUUAUUUUGGGUCAAAGUAAUUAUGCUUAACCUCCCUUAAAUGGUGGGCACAAUCGUUAAACAAUAGCAGAGAAGAUCUGGCAGCAGCUCAGUGCCUGCAUGCCUGAAACAACAUUUGGACUGUUCCCGCUGUUUCUAAAGUGGCUUAAUACAUGUCCUGAUUUCUGUGUUUGAGUUGGCUAAUCAACAUUUACUCAAGCUGAUGCCAUAUGGCAAUCGACAAAGAAAACUCCUUUUUUCUCUCGCUCUCUCUCUCAGUGUAUCUGAAGUCCUUUGUUCAUGUGUAGGCCUGUUGAUCAUUACUUCCAUUCUAGGUUUUUGCUUCUCCUGUAACUCCGGGAAAAGGCUGCAACACUUUUUUUUUUUUAACUCGGUAUAAAUCGAUUUUCUUUGUCCUCAUGAAGCAGUGUAGUAUGACGAUGCUACUGUACCGUCCUUGAAGGAGGUUAAAAAACGACUCGAACAAUUGGAGUGAACUGAUUGUUGCCAAGAACUGAUGUCCCUUAGCAUUUUGGUUUAUUGGAACACUGAAUUUCCCCAGUGUGGGAUCAAUAAAGUCUAAUCUAAUCUAACCUAAUCUAUUUUUUUAAUUAAAAAGAUUAAAAAAAGAAGAAGAAAAAAAUACAGGCCCUGAAGGUUUUGAAACAUCACUUUCAAAAACCAGGAAGUUUGAUGUUUGCUGUGUAUUAUAAAUAUCAAGCAGUCUUCUGUUCUUUCUGCUCGAGGGUUCAACAUGUUGCGUGUUUAAGGAUUCUGCAGAGCCUUUUUUAUUAUUAUUUCAAACCUCGAACAUCUACUGAGCAUUUUCACCCAUUGAACAUUGAACUGCCGCUCACUGGAUAUUGUCUCUUAUUUGGACCGUUCUCUGAGAUGAUGUGAUGUGUGUUUCUGUAACACUGAAUACCAACAGCCAUGUUCAAAUUCACUUAAAUCAUCUUGAACUUGUCUUGCCCUAAAUGCAUUGGAUUGGAUGUGUGUUAUGUCAUUGAACAGGUGUACCUAAUAAAGUGGCUGGUACGUGUUCAAUCGUCUUCAUAACUGACACGCACACCCACCAUGAGCCUGAAAUCCAGCAAUACCAAUUUAAAGGGCUGUUUCACCCAUUUUUUUCUCCACUUAGUCAAAUGAAGAAUAAAAAACUUCAAAAU